GGUGCCGAAAACAUGACUCGGAGUCUUUCCAUCCUCGCUUACUUCUUCACUUUGAUUCGGUGUAGUAGUUGUGCCGAUUCGGAGGAACGCCUGAUGAACCAGUUGUUGGGGGAGGACCACUACAACAAGCUGAUCCGUCCAGCUGUAAACAGGACGGAGAGGGUCACAGUCCAACUGCGAGUGUCUCUGGCACAGCUCAUCAGUGUGAAUGAAAGAGAACAGAUUAUGACGACUAAUGUCUGGCUAGAUCAGAAAUGGGUCGAUUACAGGCUUUCAUGGGACCCCUCAAAAUUUGAAGGCAUCGAUAGAAUCCGUAUUCCCUCAAGACACAUCUGGCUCCCUGAUAUUGUUCUUUACAACAAUGCUGAUGGCACCUAUGAGGUUACAGUCUUCACCAAUGCCAUCGUCCAUUUCAAUGGCACCAUCACCUGGCUCCCACCGGCCAUCUACAAGAGUGCUUGCAAGAUAGAGGUCAAGCAUUUUCCCUUUGACCAGCAGAACUGCACACUCAAAUUCCGCUCCUGGACCUACGACCACACCGAGAUUGACCUGGUGCUGAAGUCAGAGGUGGCCAGCAUGGAUGACUUCACCCCCAGCGGAGAGUGGGAUAUCCUGGCUCUGCCUGGCAGGCGGACAGUAAACCCUUUGGACCCCACAUAUGUGGACCUCACCUUUGAUUUUAUUAUCAAGAGGAAGCCCCUGUUUUACACCAUCAACCUCAUCAUUCCCUGUGUGCUGAUAACCUCUCUGGCCAUCCUGGUCUUCUACCUGCCUUCAGACUGUGGAGAGAAGAUGACCUUGUGUAUCUCUGUUUUACUGGCUCUCACUGUGUUCUUGCUUCUAAUCUCAAAGAUUGUUCCCCCUACCUCACUUGAUGUGCCUCUGAUCGGCAAGUACCUGAUGUUCACCAUGGUGCUGGUAACCUUCUCCAUCAUUACCAGUGUGUGCGUGCUCAACGUUCAUCACCGCUCUCCCAGCACUCACACUAUGCCCUCCUGGGUCAAGCUGGUGUUCCUGGUCAAACUGCCCGCCUUGCUCUUCAUGAGGCGGCCUCAGAAUAACUCUGCACGCCAACGACUCCGCCAGCAGCGAUGCCUGCAGACCAGGGGGACCAUUCUGGGUCUAGAUUAUCCAGUCCAAUCUAAAACAGGAACAACCAUGUCCUCCUCCUCUGCCUUACUUUCUUCAGACUCUGCCCUCUCCACUCCGGGACACUUUUGCAACAAAAACACCGCUCCUCCACCAGGCUACACCCAUACCCUUAGGAAAGGGGAUAUACGUUGCACCGAAUACCUUCCGAAUGGCUUCCCUGCCACCCAGGAUCUGCGUCAGAGAAGCAGUUCAGACUGGGCUGCUGAUUUCCAGGAGGCAGUGAAUGGGGUGCGGUUUGUGGCCGACCACAUGAUGGGAGAUGAUGAUGACCAAAGUAUAAUUGAGGACUGGAAAUAUGUGGCCAUGGUGGUGGACCGUAUGUUCCUGUGGAUCUUUGUGAUCGUGUGCGUCGUCGGCACCCUGGGUCUGUUCCUCCAGCCACUGUUUCAGAAUCAGAUUGUCCCCACUCAGCAGCCCAGCUCAGAGACCCCUCUCAUCUGA